CAGCUCCACAACUUUACUCCAGACCCAACUUCUAGAGCUAAAUUUAGGAGUUGGAGCUAAAUUGAGGGCUUGUUAAAUUUGUUUGGUUUAAAUAAUUAAAAAUGUCAAAUGUCUGGUCGUGUAAUUCGGAUCAGGAGCGAAUCCAGAAAAUGAAUGGUAGGAGGGCUUGUCUCAUUCCUCCUCUAAGGGCAUCUCCAACAGCUUCCCCAAAUCGAACUCUCCAAACACUCAUAUAGCCAACUCUCCAUCUGAUUUAGCUAGUCAAAUUAGAUACUCACUCCAACAGACUCUCUAUUAAUCCUCUCCAAAAUAAAAAUAGACCCUCAGCCUCUACCAUCUUCUUUCUCUCUCUCCCCCCACCUUCCUUCUCUUUCCUUCUUUUUCCCCUUUUCCUUCCUUCCCGUCGACCACGUUGAUGCCGACGGUGGCUGACACAUGACGCGCGGUGGUGCAGCAACGCGGGGAGGCGGAAGGCGGUGCGGGGAGGCGGCGCUCGCUGAGGUGCUCUCCCUCUCCCUUUGCGGCGACGAGGCGACGGCGGCGGAGCUCGGAGCGGGAUGGCGAUGGCGGCGGCGGAGCUCGGGGUGGGGAUGGCAAAGGCGGCGGCUCUCCACAACGACGACUUGGCGAGGCGACGACGACGGCGAGGAAGAUGCAGCCACGACAGCACAUGGGCAGGGAUGGCACUGGAGGCACAUGGCGGCCACGGCGACGGAGUCGAGGGAGAGGCGCGGGAAGCCGCAAGGGGUGGCCCUCUGCUCCUCGCCGGCCUUGCCUGGUCCUCCGCCGCCUUGUCGCCGUGGCUCCGCUGGUUCCGGGAGGCAGGGGCGAGAGAGAGGAGGGAGGGAGUGAGGUGGAGCGCGGGGACUCGGUUCCAGGCGAUGGUGGAAGGGGGACGGCAGGGGAGGCAGGGCAAAAGAGGCGCUCGCGCCUCCGGUCCAUUUCGGCGGAGGGCGGCGAUGGAAGCAGCCGAGGCAGCGUUGAAGAGUUUGGGGACAGAGAGAAUGCGAGAUGUGGGAAGAAAAAUAUGGUUGUGGGUCCCACAAUCCCACAGUUGGAGAGCCAGUUUUGGCUGGCCAAGUUUAGCCACCUAGGGAGCCCCUUUGGCCAACCAAAUAGCUUCGAGAGUAGGAUAGCCAGUAUGUUGGAGCUCGUUUUUUUUUUCAAAAUUUCUAAAUUUUAGUUUGGGGAGUGAAAUAGCUAUGCUGUUAGAGAUGCUCUAAGCCCCUACUCUUUUUCUCCCUCUU